AUGCGAAAAGCAACCGAGCACAUGCCACAAACUGGACUCACCGUGGGGGAACAUAUCCACUUCCCAACUAAAGCUCCCGUGUGUAAUGAACACGGCGCUCUACCAAAAAACCCUUUGCUCAACCUGACCUGGUUCUCCUUCACACAAAACGAUGACACCUCCCUCCUCCGGACGAGAAAGUCAAUCAUUGGAAAGGAUGGUCUACCAAGCAGCCCUAAGCCUAAGCCGAAACCUCUGUGCGCAGGGGAAGGGCGCGGACAGUACGGCACCCCAAAUGGCUGGGAAGAGGAAUUUUUGCUUUCAGGGAGAUUGCGUAGCCCCGAAGAAUAUCCGCAGCCAAUCAAUCGGACAGCUCUGUAUCUAAUUGCACAAUUACUCAGGGAGGAAGCCUUUGCAUUAACGAUCAUGGAAGUGCUUGUCGGGUAG